GCCGGAUUAAGACUGAUUGAGAUUUUGAGCGGUUCUGAGCUUGCUGCUUUCAGGAAAGGAAGCAAAACAGCUCAAAAUACACUCUAUCAUCCAGCCUUCGCUCUUAUUCAGUAAACGUUUCUUACUACAUCACAUUUUGCGAAACCUUUGAACGACUAAGUAGAAAAUUAAAAUUACAUGACACAACCUGCCAUCAAGUAUUAAGAGCUGUGAUGAACGAAGAAGCUUCUGGUGGUGACUCCCAGCAGGGAUGGAAGCCAAACAUCGAAUUUCUGCAGACUUUAAUGGGGAUGGGGAUCGAAAGAGCUGCUGCAGAAACGGCCCUCAAAAUCACUGGCAAUCAGUCAGCCGAGCUUGCUGCUGGUUUUUUAUUUGACAAUGAGGAAGAUUGGGGUAUGGCUAGUGCCGCAGGUGGGGCAGGUGAUGACACUGUGUCGCAAAACAGAGUUCAGAUUGACCCUUUAGAUGACUGGACCUCAGCUCCGCCAGUGGAGGUUGUGACAGAUGUCAUAGGCGACUCGAGCAAAAUGGUUUUUGUCAUUAAUGUGGAACUCGACAUGACGCCUGGAAAAAUCGCUGCUCAGGUGGCUCAUGCUUCUCUGGCGCUGCACCGCAAACUUCAGUACAUGUGCUCAGCAGGAACUGACAUUUUGACUCAAUGGGAGGAAUCUGGAGAGAAGACGGUUGUUUUGAAAUGCAAUAAUUACCCUGAACUGAAAAGAAUCCAUGAAAAAGCAGAUUCGAUGAAUGUUGCAAACUGUAUCAUUCAUGAUGCUGGGCGCACUCAAGUUGCCCCAAACUCUGCCACAGUCAUUGGCUUGUUUGGAUCUGAAAAGGAUUUGGAUGAAAUUACUGGCUCACUCUCUCUCCUUUAGUCUCAUUAUUUUGUUUACAAGGAAAUGCUUUCAGUUUGCCACAGUUCUUUGGGGGGAAAGGGGCUAAACAUUUUAGUUGAGCAGUCUCCCAGAACCAACUAAAACCAAAACAAACCCACAGAAAUUAAGAUAUUUCAAUCUUGUGCAGUUGAACUGCACUGUAUAAGCUGUAAAUUGAGUUAAGGUGGAGGACACAUUUAGGUAUUUCUAAAUUUCCCCUUUAAAAUAAUUAUCUAGUUAAAAAAAUCUGUCCUCUCGCCAGACACUUAUCGUUGACAAAAGUUGAAAUCAAAUUUGCAACUUGAAAAUCUUUAUUUGGUGUAAUUGUUUGGGCUUUUCCCUUGACUUAAUUGUUAUUUUAUUUUCUAACUAAUCUGAUUUACAACUUUAGUCAUUGUCGGGUUAAAUUUUGUCAUAUUUAUCAAACGUUAACAUCAAGAAGCGCUAUGUAAAUCCAACUUAAUGUGAAUGAGCGACGUUAUGUGGAAUUAGUUGCGAUUUUGGUGGGCUGAAACUUGAAUAUAUACCGCGAAAAGCACUUCUUGCUUCAAUUCUCUAACAUUAAUUAGCAGCUUUUAAUAUAAAACCUGCGCGAAACUCACUUUCAUUUUUGGCCAUUACAAACAUUCCACGCUUAAGAUGUGGCAUUCUUAUGUACCUUUGUAGAUUGUAAAUAAAGAUUUGAUUUUGAAGGAAUAUCGAAUGUGGCCUGCAA